AUGGAGGAUGUAACAACUACUGUACCCUUUUCGUCCCUUCGAAAAGAUCUCAAAGUAGGAGACGAAGUCUGCAUUCUUUCGGGAGACCACAAAGGUGUUAUGGGUUGGGUAGUGAAUCAAGACGAGGACUAUGUGUGCAUCUUCAAUGACAGAACUGGUACAGAGAUAGAGGUAUCUCCAGGAAUUGUCCAGUUCUUCACCUCCCCCUUCGUCUUUGGAACAGAGUCCUCGGAAUUGAAAGCUCCCUUCACAGAUGCGCAAAAGCGUGUCAUGAAGGGGGACUCUAACAGUCAUCUUGUAGGAAAACAAGUAUUGGUCACCAAGGGGGAUUUUAGAGGUUACCGAGGCAGAAUAAAAAGCACAGUUGGUGAAAAAAGGGUCUUGGUCGAGCUUGAGCCACCCAGGCCUCGAGAGCUUCUCACUGAUUUUACAUACCCACUCGAACCAGCACCUCCGCCCAGUACUCUGGCAGGCUUUUUGUUCCCAGGUUACCCCUUUCCAGAUCCGCAACCAUCAGUCCCGUAUCCCGCUGCUUUCCUGGUGCAGACUCCAGCCAUUGCAGGGCCAUCUACUCCAUUUCCUAACUCGGAAGAUAUCUCUAUGACCCCAGCUUGGAACCCAAGCUCACAAACCCCCUGCCGUGGCGAUGAUGCCCCUUCUCCAUAUUGGCUCAGAGACAACUGCUUCGCCAACAUGAGGCUGAGCCUUCGUCUCAUCAACACCAACCCUAAUUUCCAUAGGGGCAAGCACAAAGAUAAGUGUGGGGAGUUCAAGGGAGUAGUCGGAGAUGCAGUGAAGGUCCAGCUCGGUUUCAGAAUAUUGGAAGUGCCAUUUCCAUAUUUAAUACCUGAAAGGCCAGAGUGCAAAUCCCAGGUCGUUACCGUGUUUACCGGCCCACAUAAGGGGUCGCAGUUUAGGAUCAAGGAGUUUGGCGAAGAUUUUUGUGGCUGCUCGAUUUUGAAAUCAACAAUGCUUUUGAGGAAGGUUGAUGUCAAAAUCGCCACCAAUCAACUGGUAGUCACCGCCCAAGACAGUCGACGAUAA